AUGCACCUAUUUGUCAGAAGUAAGUAAACAUUUGCAACCAUUUGAGUUUUUUUAAAAGUAUAAGUACGCACGUAAUUUAUAGCGAUAUCCUGGGGAGCAAAGUUCUUUUAUACUAGUUGUGUGCGACAAACUGAGGUGAUGUCAGUUUAAGUAGGAGUUGCUAAGGUAGGCAAAUAAGGAGGGAAAAGAUGGUAAUUUCAUACUUGCCAUCACAAAAAGUUAUUUCCGACGAAGGUGCAAUGUUUCUUUUAUCAUUGCUUAAAGUAUUUAACUGAGACAGCUGGGAGUUCAAAAUCCUGUCAGGACGUGAAUAGAAAGAUUCAGAUGUGUGUCGCCUCAGAUAAUCUGCAUUACAAAAGCAUUUUACAUCUAGAUAAUUUCUUGUGUUUUUCUCUUUGAGGUCCAACACUGAAUCCCAAUAAAAUUACAGUAGGAGUUAAGACAGAUGUACUUUCAUUUCUAAUCGGAAGAAAUUAGUGAAAGAUGAAUGCAGAAGCAGUUUAGUUGAUACAGGAGCCGAUAUUAAUGUUCUUUGAAAUAGAGAAAAGCAACCUUCCUCUGGAAGACAGUCUCAAUGGGGUGAUGGCUUUUACGGCUAACGUAACGUUACGGCUAAUUUUGGCCAAUCUACGGCUAACGGCUAAAUUUUUGGCCGUUGUAAGGCUGUCGGAUAACUCCAUUAAGACCCUCUGAGAAGAAAACUGAUGAUGAAAAAAAAUUAUCAAGAAAUUGUAAUCUCUUGAAAAAACAUUGAUGAAGUGUUGAAGCUCAUCUACAAAGCCCAUCAAAUGAAUCUUUCAAGUUAAGAUUCUGUAAAUCCGAUUAAAAAAAAUUAUAUUUUGGCAAUCGCAUAUGUUAUCCAGUAAAUUUCAUAAUUUUUCUACGCUUUGUGCGUUAAACAUUGACUCGGGAGCUUAGACGGCCAAGAUCUGAUUGUUAAUUCUCCCCUUUAGCUGCUACACGCAUUUCCUUAUAAAUGCCGGAGGAACGAGAACUUGGUGUUACUUCUAAGUGAUAAGUUUGAUUAUUCUCAUUGCCUGUUUGCUGGAUAAUGUAUGGAUAUUAUACUAGGAGAAAUUACAUGUUAAUCAUUUGUGGGAGUUAAAGGGCAAACGGGUUAUGGGUCAGAGUGACGUGUUACAGUGAAACCUCGAUUUAACGAAAUGCCAAAGGACCGGGGAAAUUGGUUCGUUACAUCGAGGGUUCGUCAUAUCGAAAACCUCGAUUCAACACAUUUGCGGAAAAACAACCAAAAUGUUCGUUAUGUCGUGGCAUGGUUAACAAUUUCCUUCUUUUUCUUCUUUCUUUUUUUUUUUUUAGGGAGUGAGGUACCACAGGAAUCGGAGCAAUUAUUGUAAAUUAUAUUACUGCUUUAAUGUCUAUGUGAAUAAUUAUUUUUAAAAACAUUUUUUAAAAAUCUAAACUAGUGAGCAGCACUCUGCGAACAGUGGUUGUAAAACUUUUUAAUUCUCCGACGCGUUUCGUCUAAUUGUCGUAGACUUGAGGGAGUUUUACAAGUUAACACGAAACCAUAGUCAGCGGCUUUUACUGGGGCCAAUGACCAUAUAGGCUUGGCUGGACUUACGAACAGGAACAGGCGAAGUUUUGAAAAAUUUUGAACACUUUUAAAGCAAGGAUAGAAAAAUAUGUAGGGGCCACGGUUUAAAUUUAGUGCUAACUUGUCAAACUUCCUGAAGAAGUCCACGACAGUUAGACGAAACACGUCGGAGAGUUAAGAAGUUUUACAACUACUGUUCGCAGAGUGCUGCUCACUAGUUUAGAUUCUUAAAAAAUGUUUUAAAAAUAAUUCUUCACAUAGACAUUAAAGCAGUAAUAUAAUUUACAGUAAUUGCUCCGAUUCCUGUGGUACCUCACUCCUCCAAAAUAUUUAGGAAAUUGCAUUUGCGAACGAUGUCCGCGCGAUGAGGCCCUUUCAAUGCCGCCACAAAUGUCAACAAAAAUGUAAAUCUUAAAGAGAUUCAAUCAACACUUUAUUCACAGAAUACAGUUAUCAAUGUUACAUGCAUGACUUCAUUCAGUUACAUUACAAUCAAUAGAUCUUUGCCUCAAACAGCAAAAAAGCUUCAUCAGCAUCAAAUAAUCAUGCUCUCUUGAUUACCAAAAGUGCCCUCGUGAUUGAGAAAAAAUGCCCUCUGUCUCAGCCAAUCCUCACUUAGUUAUUUUGCCCCGCAUGUGAUAAAGCUCUGAACCAUCACCAUAUGACCAGUACUGUAGAACACCUAAAAUAAGAUAAUGUUUAGACUGUAACCUAAAAUGUGUUAGAAAGGGGGAGAUUCCGGGCGGUCGUCGAGAAGUUCAACGCUCAAAUUCUGUGGCUGUUCUGUGCUUCACAGCUGCUCCAAGAUUUACGGUAAAGCAGAGCAAGAUGAGCCGCAACCUUUAUGCAAUACCCUUUGGAAACUCUGUAAAGCUGGACUGUUCUGCCGACGGAAACCCUCGUCCUACCGUGAAAUGGUACAAAGACGGAAACUUAUUUAAAGAAAGGAGAAGUGGCGAAAAACUGUAUUUGAGUCCAUGGACAACCUUGUUGAGUCUGAAGGACUUGGUUCCCUCUGACUCUGGGUCAUACAUGUGUAAUGUGAGCAACUCGUACGGAUGGAUUAAUCAUACAUACAAAGUAGACGUUCAUGGUAAGAGGAAAAAUCCUUCAAAUUUUUCUAGCUGACACAGACUCUGAAGAGUACUCACGGUUUUCUUUAUCUGAGAAAAAGAAUCUUCAAACUCUUGUGGUCAAUAUAAAUCCCAUUUAAAAGGCAAAUUAAAAUAAACAUUACAAGUAACGAAACAAUGGAUGUUUUGGGGUUACAUUGACAGUAUUGACAGUAUUCUCUUUUCAAUUUUUUAGAACGAGCUCGUGCUGAACCAGUCGUUCUACCCAUGGAAAAUGUCACAGUUUAUCGAGGAGAGAAUGCCAGCUUAACAUGCAAAGCAUUAAGUGAUUCCAUGCCUCAUUUCCAGUGGUUAAGGUGGUUUCCUGUGCGUUCCAACGGCUCGGCCAACAGUUCGGUAAACGGUUCAAUUGAAAGUCCUCACUACGAAAUCGUGAAUAAAGAAGACAGAUACCAACAUGUAGUUGUACCACCAAGUGGUAGCAAAAUGUUUGAUUUCCACGGAGUGAAGUUGACUUUGUUAAAUGUCACAAAGAGGGACGAAGGAAAAUACACUUGCAUUGUGAGAAAUGCUGUUGGUUACGCAGCCGAACAUGCUUACAUCAUUGUCCAAAACAUCGGUAGGUAAAACUAUAAUAAGAUUACUAGUUCUUAAUAAUUUUUGUUAUCAUUCACUUUAUUAUGAUCAGAUUUUAGGGGCUUUCUGUGAUUUGCUCAUAGCAGCUGUUUUUCUUACCACAUUUUAACGUGAUCUGUGAUAUGUUACUGAACAGACGCAUGGCAACAUGGAAUUUAUUUGUUCACCUUUUAACCCCUAAGAGUGACUAGCAUCUAAUUUCUCCUUAUAAUAUCACUCUUGAAUCAAACAUUAAGGUGAGAGAAUAGAGGAAAUGAUCACCAACUAAAGCAGCUCUUGAUUAUCCAACAAGUUCUCCAUGUCAGCACCUUACGAAUAGUGAAAAGUAUGGAGAAUGUGGAUACUGAUAUUAGGGGGUAAAGGGUUAAUCCGUUAGGUGUAAUUCAUUUUCCAUGAAGCCCUUGUAAACAGCUUUCUUUUCUUGAGAGUCCCCUUCGUCUCGGGAAUCACGGAGGGUCGAUUUUUGCACGACUACGUGUUGUGUUUGUGUUUGCUCGAAAGAGCUAGCGCCACUAAGCGGCUUAGGUUUGAUUUGGGUUUACAGCACUCAGUUACAGUGUUUGUAUCGUGACUCACUUGGAUGUUAACAAACGCGGGCCAACUGAAAAAAGUGACUGCUUUAUGAUAGCGGAUCUUUACUGAAAAUUGUUUCCAACCGAGCAUAACUUAUUUCUUUCACUUUUUUUAAUUCGUGAAGAUAAAGCAAAACCAAAUGAAGCUCAGCAAACUGAAAGCACCACAGAUGGUAAGUGUAGCCGUGAAAGACGGACAUGAUUCAUUUUUUAAAAAAACAUUUGUAAUUUCUCUAUCUCAGAAAAAAAAGAAGCACGAUCUUUCACAUUUCUGGUACGUAUCUAAAAGACCGGUUAUUAUUCGUCGUCCUGGGAAGGGGGGGGCACCCUGGGGAGGGGGGCUUCCUGGAAAGGGGGGGCUUGGAGGAUUUUGUCUGCGUCACGAUAAAAUUCACCUGAUUCCCUCUCAUUGGCAAUUAAUUAGCAGUCAAUUUUUUGUAGUCUCCCACCUUUUAUACUUUGACGACGAAUACUGCCCCGCUGUUCCCCCUGAAAACCAUGUGAUCCGCCCUCAAAAUCCUCUACCCCUAGCUCCAGGCUAUAAAUUAUGAAUGGUCGCCAGGUGUGCCAAUUGUUAAGCACGUACACGCCACGUGGUACAUCACGUGCGCACUAAAUAUAAGAAAAGCUCAUGAAAAUCUUGACUGAUGGUUGCUGCAAAUAAGGAUGACCAUAUUUUCGUUGGUUAAACCUUUGUAUUUGUGGAUCUCUUCCUUUCAUGAUUCUUUCCAUCUUGCCGAGCAAAUGAAACACUGAAAUGCGACAUAACAUGUAUCAAGAAGCCUUCUAAACGGAGCUUAAUUCUGGCUUGAGGGAAUGACUUUGGUAUCAAACAGAAUUAUCGAAACGUUUUAUUUCCUGUAAAAAACACACAACGCCUAUCUCAAAGAAUUUUUGAGGGAUUUGUUGAAGGUAAAGUUCCCUUGUCGCAUUGGCAAAGACGAGCUCAAUCUCAGUCGAAACCAGACUGGUUUCGACUUUUUUGUUACGACGACUUCAAUUACAAAUAACCUGUGGGUAAUUUUUGAGCAAAAUAUAAGUUUAGAGCACAUAUAAAGGACGAAAAAGUCAACGAUUUCAUAGAAAACUUCAAUUUAUACGAAUUUCAUGAAUUGCUUGUUAACCUUUUGAAUACAUAACUUGUCACGUGACAACAUUUCGCAGGCCUAUUGCAAUCCUUAUCUAAGAUUUUAGCAGAUAAUCGGCUAAAAUGACUUUUGUCCCGUUUAACUAAAGAGUAUUCUUAAAUUUCGCCCAUAUUUGCGAGCAACCCUUUAAAGCUAAGUUUCUUGACCGAUGUUGUAAGCAAUUAUUGUGAGGGCGAAAAAUAAGGCUUUAAAUUGACAUUUAUAUAGAAAUAUCAACACAUUUAGGUGCACCUUUUUGGAAUUUCAGCAAUUUUUAAGCAACCAAGCAUUCCAGUUAGCAACUUUCCAGUGUUUUUACAAGUAUGAUUAGGAGAGGCCUAUUUGAGAGGCUUCGUCGAAGCUUGAAGUAUUUAGACUUCUUUUUAUGCCAUGAGUUUAAUUGUGGUCGAGUUGUGAAGAUCAUUUCGACAUUAGCAAGUCGUUUCUGUGGCCUAUUUUCAAUUUGCAUUUUAAGGAAAAGGUUUAAAAAUCUUUGAAGUGGUGCUGGGGGAAAGGAGGGAAUUCACUUAAGAUGGAGAGAUAAAUAUGUUUGGUUCAUUCUUGUGUAGGUUCUGCUGUUAGCCUGACAUCCAUCAGUUCUGAAAGUGAAGCAGAUUCAAAGACAUCGAUGGGUUGGACUGAUAGAAUAAGGUACCCGGCGGCUGUAAUCGCAGUUUCAGUGGGCGUGGUCGUCAUGUUGAUCAUAGCUUCCGGUCUCUGUUAUUGGCAGGUGAAGAAAGGCCGAGCGAGCUCGUCCGCAACGAUAAAAGGCCGACACAACAUCACUUCACUUCAAGCGAAGUACGUAGUUCAGUCGAAUGAGUACGUAAUAUUGCCAGACCUAAAAGGACUUGAGAAUGAUUUUGGCACCAACUGAUUGUAAACAAAAAGCCACAUGAAAGAGGAACUCAAAAGUAAACUUUGUAAAAGAGAAAAAAAAAAAAAGGGGGGGAAAUAACGGCAAGGCAUCU